UUUAUGACUGUAUAAAAGGCUGAUGUUGCAGAUUUAAUUUGUUUUAUGGCCCAAUUUCUAUAUUCAUUUUGACAGUAUUAGAGUGUAAACAUAUGGCUACAUUUUAUCCACGCAGUCCUGGUAUAUAUAAAAUGAAUCUAGGGCAAAUCUGUAUCAAAAUCGUGAUGCUGUGUGCCCGUAAUCUCCACCCAUUUCCUGAGGUGUGAAGGAUGUCGUUCUGUAGCCCACCGCACCCACCAGCUCCACAGCAGCAGCGUUCCUGGCUGAUUUCUGUUCACAUCGACUCCUGCUUCAGCUACACAGACUUUCGGGAAAUCCGCACGUAAGCACGGAACAGUCGAUGGAAAAAGCGAGAAGAUGAUACUGUGAAGAGGGUGGACAUGGAAACCCGACGCUGAGUUCCUUUAAUUGUGAUCAUAAGACACCAUGGCCAAACAGUAUGAUGUGCUGUUUAGACUCCUGCUCCUCGGAGACUCCGGUGUCGGCAAAACCUGUUUAUUAUGCAGAUUCACGGACAAUGAAUUUCAUCCCUCUCACAUUUCCACCAUCGGUGUCGAUUUCAAAAUGAAGACUUUGGAGAUAGAUGGCAUUAAAGUGCGAAUACAGAUAUGGGACACAGCAGGUCAGGAGAGAUAUCAGACCAUCACUAAGCAGUACUACAGAAGAGCACAGGGCAUUUUUCUGGUGUAUGACAUCACAAGCGAGCGCUCGUUCCAGCACAUCAUGAAGUGGGCCAGUGAUGUAGAUGAGUAUGCCCCUGAGAGAGUGCAGAAGAUACUUGUUGGAAACAAGUCUGAUGAAGAACACAAGAGACAAGUAGCUAAAGAACAGGGAAAUAAGCUUGCCAAGGCUUAUGGAAUGGAUUUUUUUGAGACAAGUGCCUUUACCAACCACAACAUUACAGAGUCUUUCACCCGAUUGGCUGAGUUAGUCUUACAAGCCAAUAAGAAGGAUCUUGAUUUGUUGGGAGGAUCCAUGAAUGAUGAGUUCAAUCUGGCUGUUUUGGAGGAGCAGGAAGGAUUGUGUAGCGAUGACACCCGCAAGUCCUGCUGGUGCUGAGGACAGGAAGUGACGUGACUACUUUUUCACUUCAUAUCCAUAUAUAUGUUGCAUUUACAUUUUGAAUGUCAUUUUGCAAAACAGUUAUUGUUAAACAGUGUUUGGUACCUUUAAUGGCUUAUUUCCUGCUGAUUCUUAAGAAUAUUAUUUCUUAUUCAUUAUUUAUUUUAUAGUUACUAUAAAUUAAGAUGGAACAUUAAAGAAUAUCGUAUGUAUAUAUAUAUAUAUAUAUAUAUAUAUAUAUAUAUAUAUAUAUAUAUAUAUAUAUAUAUAUAUAUAUAAUUUUUCAGUUUUUUUCCCCUCAUUCUGAAAAUCAAGAUCAAAAGGCCACUGCUGUGCAGUUGUACAUUAUUUAGUUACGCUCAUUCUAGCCACACAUUCAGAGUCUGUCAUACAUUAUAUUAAAUUUAACAAACAUAAAAUAGAAGUUGAUUAAGUGUUAGGCAGCACUGACAGGAUGGUUUAUUCAAAGGAAUAGUUCAAUCAAAAAUGAAAAUGUCAUGAAUAUUUAGCCACCCUCAGGCUAUCCAAUAUGUAGAUGAGUUUGUUUCUUCAUCAUAACAGGAGAAAUCUAGCACUACUUUUUACAUUUAACUCGCCAAUGGAUCCUCUGCAGUGAAUGGGUGCCAUCAGAAUGAGAGUCCAAACAGCUGAUAAAAACUCACAAUAAUCCACAAGUAAUCAACACAACUCCAGUCCAUCAAAUAAUGUCUUGUGAAGUCAAAAGUUCUGUGUUUGUUAGAAACAAAUCCAUCAUUAAGGCAUUUGAAGUUUAAACUAAAGUUCCAUAAUCCAUACUAAAAGUCCAUCUGCUGUUGUCUUCUUACAACAAAAUACACCAACACAUUUGUUUUUCGCUUGUAAACAGUGCUUGAUCUGUGCAUAUUUCUCUCCUGAUUUAGAGAAAGCAAUAUUAUGGAUAUUGUCUUGAUGAUGAUUUGUUUAAUACAAACACAGCUUUCCACUUUUAAUUGGUGGACUAGAGUCAUGUGGGCUAUUAUGAUGCUCUUAAUCAGCUGCUUAAACUCUCAUUCUGACGGCACCCAUUCACUGCAAAGGAUCCUUUGGGGAACAAGUGAUGUGCUGCUAAAUUUCUCCAAAUAUAUUCUGAUUAAAAAAAGACAUGAGGGUGAAUAGAUUUUAAGCAAAUUGUAAUUUUUGGGUGAACUAUUCCUGGUUGUAUGGCUGGAGUGCUCAUGCUAAUAUAUUCUUAUUUCUUGUGUUUUGCUUUGGGACUUCAUGUGAAUAUUAUUCAGAUCUGAUUUGGCUUUCUAUAAAAAUCUUGAAUUCUGAAACCUUGACUGCACCUACUUGACCAAUGUUUGCUCUUUCAAGGUAAUAAAUGUAUUCUUGAAUGAUGAAAUGAAGUUUCACACGUCACUGUAACAUUCUAAGCUUCUUUUCGGUAAAAG